AUAUUGAUUCGUGGGAUUUAGUGAGAGAUAGAGAGAGAGCUUAGAAUUGAAGGUUUCACUUUGAGAGUGACACAGUUUCACAAAGAGAGCAAAUAUUCCAAUAGUUCUACUACCAUUCAAGAGAAGAUGGCCAUGACCCGUGAAUCUUGGGCUUUUGUCUUCGGCCUUAUGGGCAAUGUGAUCUCCUUCAUGGUGUUUCUUGCUCCACUACCAACUUUUUACCAAAUCUACAAGAAGAAAACAGCUGAAGGGUUUCAGGCACUUCCAUAUGUUGUUGCACUCUUCAGUGCAAUGCUUUGGAUCUACUACGCCUUUGUCAAGAGGGAAUCUGCCCUCCUUCUCAUCACCAUAAACACUUUUGGAAUUGUUGUGGAGAGCAUAUAUAUUGCAUUCUUCUUGUUUUAUGCCCCAAAGAAGUCUAGGCUUUCGACCAUAAAACUCCUCCUCUUGCUGAAUGUUUUUGGAUUCGGAGCCAUGCUUCUAGCAACUCUCUACCUCUCAAAGGGAGCAAAGCGUCUUCAAAUUAUAGGGUGGAUUUGCCUUGUGUUCAAUAUUAGUGUCUUUGCUGCGCCUCUCUUCAUCAUCAGCAAAGUCAUAAGGACGAGGAGCGUGGAGUACAUGCCCUUUUUCUUGUCCUUCUCUUUGACCAUCAAUGCUGUUAUGUGGUUCUUCUAUGGCAUGCUCCUCAGGGAUUAUUACGUUGCUCUUCCAAACACACUUGGCUUUGUGUUUGGCAUAAUUCAGAUGGUGGUGUAUUUGAUAUACAGAAACGCCACCCCAGUGGUAAUAGAGGAGAAGGUGAAGGGUCAAGAAAUGAGUGGUGACCAUAUCAUUGAUGUUGCGAAGGGUGGUGCCGUUAGCAAAGUCUGAUUCUACCAAUGAGAAAACUGAACAAGGAAAAACAUGCGAUUGAUGACAAAAAAAAUAAAAUUAUUAUGAAAAAAAUUAACUUAAACUUUUCAAUUACUUCACAGAGUGGAGUUACUCGUAAAAUGCAAUGCAAUGCAAUAUGAUCUGGUAUAAGUGUUUGCUUUUUAAUUAUUAUUAUUAAUGUAAAGGUGUGGUAGCUGUAAUUUUCUUAUAUUGCAAGCUUAAGCUUUACCUUGGCCAUAUCAUAAUAUCGCUCUCAUAUUGUACUACUACUGCGUGUAACGUGGUAUAUUCACUUCUCUAAAGUGUAUCCCUCAGUUAAACUCAUCUCGCUCUUCACUUUUCCCUGUAUACGUAAUCAAUGUUGAGUAAUUAAUGAAAAUUAAUUGUUUUAGUAA